GAGAGGCAGCAAACUGUGCACGUUGUUAUGGUCCGCCAUAGGUUUAUUGCUUCCAUUGUAACCAUAAGUCACUGAUAAGGGCUGCUCAGUUACUGUAUACAUGGUCUUAAAAUACGUUUCGUUGUAUCUGCUGUUAAUUUCUUCGCUGUUUCCAUAAAAUUGAACUUGAACUACGGUGACUACGGUCGCCUGCGACAAGUAACGGCGUGACAGUCUGCACAGACCAGAGCGCUAACGAAUGCCUCCGUAUUGGCUGAUGCGCAGCGACGAGAUCGCUCCAGCCACGACCGAUGCUGACGCUGCGGCGCCCUUCAUCAUUGCCACCAAUGAAGAUGAGGACGCAGCAUGUCCAUGGCCACCGGCUGCGCAUAUCACCGAACGAGCGUCCGCUGCUACUCACCUUCCGCACACACGCAACGUUUCCCAGGAAUCCGUGCGGGAACCCCCGUCACGCACCAGAUCCAGUUUCGAUCGACCUAAUUACGCAAGUUACAGGAAAAGCUCGUUGCUUAAUUACAUUUCCCACCCGCAAAGGUCAACAGCGGCUUUUCAACCGCCGAAGCGUUCCAUAAAAGCGGCGGCCGAUCGCGAUUUCUUUCAUAUCACACCACGCACAGUGUCUCAAGUUACUCCUGGAGUCGAGACAGAAAAUGCUACAGCAAACGAGAAAAAGACAAGCCAAUCGUCAGCACCAAUUACCCUAGCGAAGCGCUCUAGUACACCGAAAACGUCUUUAACCAAAGCGAAUUUGAGUGUUUUGCGUAAUACCAAGCAGGAGAAGGCAGUCUUGGAUAUCCCCGAGAUUAAAGUGCCCCCCAGUGUCGAAUCGCUGGCGUUCUUACCUGAACCACUGAGAACGCAACGGGAUGCAGCACCCGCACAAACCGGGGCGUGCCCUUUGCCAUUCACAGCAACAUUACCAUACAGCUACGUGUACGUCAAAAAACGGCCACUUCCCGAUCCGCGGUGUUUUAUCUUCAUUCCUGGUGAAGCGCUGGAAAUCACCGUUCUGGAUGCGUUUAGAACAGAUCUACUGGGGCGCGUAACAGCAGCUUACACUUAUGCGCUGAAGAUCACGAACGGCCAGCAUGAAUGGUACCUGCGCAAAUCUCUGCGUCAGUGGCGCCAACUGCACGAAGCACUGAAAAUCCUGCAAGACAGACUUUCAUCCGAUAUCAACGAGUUGUUGCCCGGCUUCGUCGCCAAGACAUCUGGCCGAAGCAGCGUCGCCAGAUUUGACGACAUCCGAGAGCAAUCCAUCUCUACUGACCAACUCCCAAAAAUCAUGGAAAGCUUUUCCAUGUAUCUCCACUAUAUUGCACAUAACGCGCUUUGCCGGUCUCAUAUUGCUGUGAAAAUGUUUUUGGAGGUGAGUCCAUACUCACUGAUCCGUGAUCUGGGUCUUAAGAUGAAAGAAGGCUACGUCAUGUGGCGCAUCUCCGAUGUGCCGCCGCAGCCGUUCCCAGUUAGUAGCCUGUGCAGUUGGCUGGUGCAGGGUGUGGAGUGGAUUGAAAUUUGGCUAGUGGUCAAAGAAACUUGCGUCUUUCUCGUCAGUCCGUACACUUCGGAGAUUGUACAGGUUUUACUAGCUGAUCGGCACUUUUCCAUCGCGGAAGGUUUAGUCGCCACCGGCGAGACGCAUGGCUUAUUUAUCCACAAUUCCAAAAGGUUGCUGGCUUUAAAAUGCCACGAUCAGACGCAACUGGAGGAGUUCGUGAUGGAGAUGACCUUUGUGCAGCACGCCGGCGCUAAAGCAUACACGCAAAGCAAUCUAUGUGGAGCGUUUGCGCCCGUACGCCACACAUGCUGGGCCAAAUGGCUGGUAGAAGGUAGCGUGUACUACGAAGCCGUUUUGGAUACCUUGCUGAGAGCCAAAGAGGAUGUGUUUAUCAGCGAUAGCUGGCUUCAUAUCGAGUUGAUGCUCGAACAAUCAGAUGGAGAAACGAAACACCGGUUGGAUUAUGUGCUGGCGGCCAAAGCUGCAGAAGGCGUGCAAAUCUUCAUUUUGCUCUGUUCACCCUGUUUGAACACACUGCCCGAUGGUGCUGGCUUCAGCGGGUUGCGUCAGACCCUGGAAGAACUCUGUCCAACUGGACGAAUCCAGGUUAUCUUCACUGCACCGACCGACGACAGUCCGUGGACGCACAACGACAAAUUCGUUGUUGUCGACCAAUCCCGAGCCUUGUUGGGCAGCAUAAGUUUGGCGUUUGAUCAGUCGGACACACACGAGCACCGCUUAACAGAACCACAUCCGCCAGAAAAAGCCAACAAAGCGAUGAAAGAUUCCUUGGAGCUGGUUAGGCUCCCUUCCGCCCGGCGUGUGACCGAUUUACAGGAUCCCUUUAUGCCUCGUCCCAGUAAGAAAAUCAGCCAGCCAACCAAGCCGAAACAGUCCCAACUCGGAGCGGGAACCGACGCGGACGCAGUUACUACUAACCCGCAGCAGAGCUUGUUGGCAACAAACAGUCAGGGAGAAUCAUGCCCAUACCCGGUCAAAAACCGGGCAAGUUUAAACGCAGUGCGGAUGUUGCCGCGAUCCUCUAUUCCUGUACCAGUCGUUGCUUCUCAAGAAUCCGUGGAUAAAGCCAGGAAUUCAUCGUGGAAUGCGCAGAGUUUUCUGGACGGAACUCCUGUCCUCAAGAGUAGCCGAGCAUCCGAUGCCAAGUUGUCGGUGCGGCGUGCUGCACGCCACGCCACGGGCAUUUCCCUGAUGGGUGAUGUGGUUAAGGAUUUGGCACGGCAUUUCAUUGAGCGAUGGAAUUACGUCAAGACCAUAAAUUUCAAAGAAAACUCAAAACGCCGGUUUUUGAUCCCUAAAGCGAAGCACAGCGAAAUCAAGAGCGAGCAGAUAGAAGAGGAUAAUUUUAUUCAGUGCCGGGCACAGGCUUUGCGAAGUGUGGGACAGUGGUCCGCUGGAUACAACGCUCCCGAGGAUUCCAUACACCAAACCCUCAUUCGGCUGAUUGCGCAAUCGCAACAUUUUAUUUACAUCGAGACGGAAUCCUUCGUUUCGCUCUCACCUGGCAAUGGGGACACGUUUAAUCUACUCAAUCACACGCUUGUUCAGCGCAUCAUAGCAGCUUACAAGGCCCGAGCGACCUACCGCGUCUACGUCAUUUUGCCGCUGCUGCCUCUCACAGAGGGGACACCAGCCGGGGGUCAGCUGAACGAUAGCGCAGUGCAGGCGCUCAUGUCCUGGACGUAUCGGUCGAUUUCCCGCGGGGUCCACUCACUGAUCGUACAACUCAGCCAACACAUGCCACUUCCGGUCAUCCCGCAGUAUAUUGGUUUCUUCGGAUUACGCCAGUACGAAACCGCUGUCGGUCAUCCGAUGACGGAAAUGAUCCAUAAUCAUUCGGAGGUUGUCAUCGUCGACGAUCGGAUCGCGUUGCUGGGAUCGGCCAGUCUUUGUGAUCGGAGCCUACUAGGAGCGCGCAACAGCGAAGUGGCCUGUGUAAUCGAAGACGAAAAUUUCAUCGGCAGUGUGUUGAAUGGGCGACCGUGGCAGGCCGGGGCGUUUGCCACAGGUCUUCGAUGGAGACUCAUGGCCGAACAUCUGGGAAUAAUGGCACCUUCCACCGGCACGAUGCAUCCUACCGACAAAGAACUUGUCCGUGACCCCGUUGCCGAUACUUUCUGGCGGGACAUCUGGCAAAAAACGGCCAACCAAAACACUUCUAUUUACGAACAGGUGUUUGAGUGUGUGCCGUCGGAGGAAGUCAGCACUUUCGCGCAGUUGGAAGAGCGUCUGCAAGCGCCGGCAGGUAGCCUACCGCGGGAGAUGGCGAGAGAGAUGCUAGCCGCGAUACGCGGACAUUUGGUGACGUAUCCGCACGGUUUUUUGAGGAAUGAGACUUUAGGGGAAAGACCGUUCACUGCACACGGACCAAUGCCCACUGUUGCCUUAACAUAAUAAAUCAGUACCAUUUUCGUAUUUUUUUCAUUUAUUUAUUGCGUACUAAAUUAAUCUUGAUUGUUCGUGCAUUUAUCAUAUUGUUAGUAAUUAACAUUAUUAUUAUUAAAUGGAACUACAAGAAUUUCCAGCAUUUUUAAUGUUUCUAGUAAUUUUACUCUGUCGCAUUCCUUCAUUUAGAUAAAGAUUUAACUGCUUUAACCUCAAUGUCGGAAACUAUAAGAAAAUUAUGUCCCAUUUUUGAGCUUAAGUAGAGUAAUUAAUGCAGCUCGCACUUUU